UCCAUGGAAAGUUCUCUCACAGUCCUGCGGGUAAGCCUGUACCACCCCACACUGGGCACUGCCGCCUUCAUCAAUGUCCCAUUGGAGUUGCAGCAUGACACCAGCCCACUACUGAUUGGCCGGGGACAUGACACCCACCUCCAACUGCAGUUGCCCCACCUUUCCCGCCGACACCUGUCCCUGGAGCCCUACCUGGAGCCCGGCAGCACUCCGAUGGCUUUCUGCCUCAAGAACCUGAGCCGCAAGAGCUGUGUGUGGGUCAACGGGUUGCUGCUGAGGUUCCUGGAGCAGGUCCCCCUGAGUGUCACCAACAGGAUCUCCUUUUCCAAUAUCCAGAUGACUAUCCACAUAGAGAGAGGCACCUCCCUUGAGGCCUUUGUCUGCUGCUUCCAUAUGAGCCCCUCACCCCUGAUUUACAGACCCAAGGCCGAGGAGACAGAUGAAUGGGAAAGCAUCCCCCAGGGGCAGCCCCUCCUGGGUUCAGAGGAGCGAACUCCAGUUCACCUGGGGUUCUCUACAUCCCCUCCCAGACUUGGAACAGCCCACUGCAGUCAAGCCCUGGAGGAGGAACAGAAAUAUAGCUCUAGAGGGAGCUGCCAGACACUGCUCUCUGCUAGCCCUGCUGCUGAGAGCAAGCCUUGCUGAAACAGGGCUUGAAAUAUUUGAGCUACAUCAUGCAAAGUUGACAUGGAAGGUUGACAUUCGAGGCAUGCUGACUGCCUCACUUAUAAUGAACCAAUUCUGCAAACGCUGAGCAGCCAGGGGGUGGAGAAGCGCCCUCUGUGGCUAGAAGUAAUGGGAACUUCAUAUACUUUUUUAGAGGCCCUGAGGGGUUCUGGGGAGACUCUCUCAGCAUUUCCCCACAUUCCCCGCCUUGUCUGACUAGGAGUUACUUUAUGUUGCUCAUUUCGCACACUGCAUAAGAGGAGGAGUUUGAGGUCGCAGCAAGAAUGCACGGACACAUGUAGCAAUUACGUUUGUGGUAGCUUGGGGUUACCUUCAGCUUUCAAAUACCCACAGGCACUCAGGGCUUAGGGAAGCCUGGGUUUAAUAAACUGCAAGUAUUUCAUUAAGCUGGCAUACCCAAUAGGAUUCUCUGAUCCCCAUAUGGGCCACGUGAA